AUGUUUUUAAAAGUAUUUUAAAAAUGCCCCUGUUCAGCAUCAGGGUGUGUGUUAGGAAGACCGCCCCGCGGUGAAAUCGUUUCGGAUGCCUCGUGACGCAUCCGCCGCUCCGCCGCCCGCUCUGGAGGUUGUCAGCUUCCUCGGUAAAACGGUUGGCGCAGGCGCGGCACUGACAGCUGCUGUCUACUUACUCCGCAAAGUGUGUUUAAUAAUGGCCUGGAAAUCUGGAGGAGCCAGCCACGCAGAGCUUGUUAACAACCUCCGCAAAAAUGGCAUUAUUAAGUCCGACAAGGUCUAUGAAGUCAUGCUGGCAACAGACCGAGCCCAUUUCUCUAGGUGUAAUCCGUACAUGGACUCGCCACAGUCAAUAGGCUACCAAGCAACCAUCAGUGCCCCACACAUGCACGCCUACGCCCUGGAGCUUCUACAUGACCAGCUGUAUGAGGGAGCCAAAGCUCUGGACGUUGGCUCCGGCAGUGGAAUCCUCUCGGUUUGCUUCGCACGAAUGGUUGGGGCUAAAGGGAAAGUUAUAGGAAUUGAUCACAUCAAAGAGCUUGUAGAUGAUUCUGUAACCAAUGUGAAGAAAGACGACCCCAGUUUGAUAACAUCGGGCAGAGUCAAGCUACUAGUGGGAGACGGGCGAUUGGGCCACACUGAGGAAGCGCCUUAUGAUGCCAUCCAUGUUGGCGCAGCAGCACCCAAUGUCCCCCAAGCUCUUCUAGACCAGUUGAAGCCCGGCGGGCGGCUGAUUCUGCCCGUUGGCCCGGCGGGAGGAAACCAGAUGCUGGAGCAGUAUGAUAAGUUGGAGGACGGCAGCACCAAAAUGAAGCCCUUGAUGGGGGUGAUUUAUGUGCCUUUAACAGACAAAGACAAGCAGUGGUCCAGGUGGAAGUGACUUCCUUCUCCCCCUCCUCCCUCUCUCUCCUUCUCACAGUGGCAAAGGGAUGAACUUUGAAGAGGAAGACAGUCCAUAAUCCACCUUUAAGUUUGAACCUGGAAAAAAAAACUUGGAUGGGGGUCAUACAGCCCAUAAGCAUAACAAAACAUGCUCUUUUUGUUUAAGUCUAACAAUGGACUAGAGUAUCACAUUGAUGACAGCCAAGAAGGGCUGGGGAGAAAGACUGCUUGAUGCUCAGCACAGAAAUAGUGGUAAAGGCUUUUGUUUUUAUUUUUUUAUUUUCAGGCCUGCAUCUUUUUGGUUAUGUAUUCUUUCUUAACGGCUGGAUUUUUUCGUGUGGUUUAUUUGAUUUGCAAUCAGCCAUUUUUGCAGUAUAACAUUUCAGCAGCAUCAAAGCUGACUGUAGGAGGAACGCCGGACAACAACGAGGAAAGCCUGAAACUUAUAGAUAACUCACCUAGCUACGGCGUGUGUGUGUGGAUCAUCUAACUGUAGACUUCUCUGCUAAAAUAUGAGCUUUUGCCAGCAGUAUUAGUACACACACACACACACACACACAGGCAACACAAUGGCUGAUGUAACCCACAUGUCCUGUUGGAUGUGCAGCACUCUUAUGUCAUUCUACACAUAGAAUAAGUAACACAUUGGAUUAUACUGCACGUACUGCAAAGAGAGCUGAGCACUAAUAACACCGACACAUACAGGGCUGUGCUUUCCACCUGGUGAUCUGUUGCUUUCCGCCGCUGGUAUUUCAUUAACGAUUUGCGCAGGCUCUUCUGGUGACUGAUACCAAAUGGGGUAGUCACUGAUUGCCAAAAUAAACUCCCAACAAUA